AUGGAGGCGGCGGCCGCCGGCGAAGCUUGGCCGGCUGAGCCGCGACAGCUGCGGACAGACACGCGGCCGGCGGCUCAGCGAGGGCGCGUGGUCUCCUGCCCGUUCUGGACCUUCUACGGGGCACGGGGGCGAGCAGCCGAAGUCCGCGAGCUCUGCGCCUUUGAGUUCGCGCGCCACUUCCUCUUCAAGCUGGCCAAGCGGCCCUUUGUGCUGGAGCAGCUGAGCGAGCGGCGCGACGAAGGUUUUCACGCCUCGCUGACGCGGGCUGGGGCGGCGAAGCUUGGCGCAAACCCCAAGGCCGUCUUGCUGCCCGGGGCGGACUACGAGAUCCACGAGGAAGGCGGGGAAGACUGGCUGCCGCUAGGGCAUGGAGCGCUCGCCCAGCAGUUCAGACACGAUUGGAUCCUUGCGCGCCGGGGCAGGCCCCUCGUCCCGGUUGUCCAGGGUGCGCUUGGCGGUCGCUCGGAGGAGGACUACGCGAAGCGGGUGCUGCUGCUCUUCUGCCCUUGGACGAGCCACCCCAACGACGCCUCGGCCGCCGCGCCCUUCCUUGCCGACCUCUGCAAGUUCGGCAAGUCAGACUGGCGCCGCGCCCUCCGACGGCGGCUGAUUCUCCGAGGCUUCCCGACCGAAGAGGUCAAGCAGUUCGCGCUGAACUUUUGCUUCGUCUACUGCCUGCCGCGGGAGCUCCGGCCGGAACAGCACUUGCAAGAGAACAGCGACAACGAGGUCCAGGACGAGGGCGUGCGCUUCGACAAGGCGGACUUGGAGGCGGCUCGGGCCACGCACGUCCGCGGCGCGGGCAAGCUGGGCUCCGAAAACUUUGACGAACAAGACAGCGAGCAGGAGGACGAGGCCGCGGCGACGCGGCUGUGCGUCAUGACCAAGCAGAUGUUCGACUUGUCCCGGGCCGCGUGGAGGAAGAGCGGGGCCGACGCCUUGCCCGGCCAAGGCGCGCCCGCCGGGCCGCCCCGAGCGCAAAGCGAGCAGCUUGACCACAACGCGCUUGCCUGGGCCGCCCGCGCCUCGCGGAGCAAGAGCAGACUUCCGUCCUUUCCGGGCGUCGGCCAAGCCGGGCGGGAUCCCGAGGCGCAGCCGCUCGGCCCGCCCGUGACAGCAGACGCGCUGUUGGACUGGCUGGGCAGCGAGCGCGUCCGGAGCGGUCUGAACUCCAAGCAAUGGGAGAUGCUGCGGGUGGUGGUGGAAAGGGUUCUGGUCGAGCUGGAGCUGGUGCCGCCGGACCACGAGAUCGCUCUGCGGCGAGCCGAGCCGCUGGCCUGGCUGCUGCACGGCCCGCCGGGCACUGGGAAGUCCCACGUCCUGAAGUUCCUGCGGGAGUUGUUCGAGGAGCAGCUUGGCUACGCGCAGGGGAUCGACUUCGAGGCGCGCGGGCGAAAUUGCGGUCGGCUCUCUUGCCCUGCUGGGGUCGCCGCCCCGCAGGUUGCGGCGUUCCAGGCCGUCAACGCGGCCGACAUUCGCGGCCGGCCCCUCCACAACGCCUGCGGCCUUGGCGUGGACGCGGCCGCGCUGGACCGCGCCGUGGGCCAGGAGGCGGCGAAGAGAAUGAGCUACUGGAGAUGGCUCGUCGUCGACGAGGUCAGCAUGGUCAACGCGCGGCUGCUGGCGCAGGUCGAGCAGCGGCUGCGGGCGGUCGUCCCGUCGGCCAGCCAGUGGAAGCGCAACGCGGCCGGGGAUUCGCGGGCCUUCGCGGGCGUCAACGUGCUGCUGCUCGGCGACUUCUACCAGCUGCCGCCGCCGAGCGGCGGCUACCUUGCGGACGUGCCCAGCAGCCGGCGGCCGCCGCGGCUGAGCGCGGCCGCCGACGCCGAGCCGGACCUCCUGGCGGACUACGGCAGAGACCUAGUGUGGGGCGGCGCCCUGCAGGGUGUGACGGAACUGGAGGAGCGCGAGCCCUGCAAGGACGCCUGGUGGAACGAGGUUGUGGACGAGCUGCGGCGCGGCGAGCUGUCGGAGCAGAACUGGCGCUACCUCCACGGCAAGCCCGUUGAAGGCUGUCGACUGACCGCGGCAGAGCGCGAGUCCCGGCGCCGGGUCGUCGACGGGCCCGGCGACCCGCGCUUGAGCCAAGAGAAGUUCAGAUGGGCGGCGGCCGCGCGGAAGACUACUGGUCCGUGGCUCUGGACGCCCCCUCCGCCGAGGGGGGCAAGCCGCCUCCGCCUUUUGUCGGCCGAGCAGGAGUGCGACAAAGCCGCGCGGAUCCGGUGGCUCCAGUAUCAUGACCGGGACACCGAGAACCUCUCCGGCAUGCUGCCCUUGGCGGUCGGGCUGCGCGUGGUCUUGGCCGACCACCUCGAUCGCUCCGAGGACAAGCUCCUCCUCCGAGGUAGCGCCGGGCGCGUCCACUCCUGGGUCUGGGAGGAGAACGACCUGCGGCCGACUUGCGUCUAUGUGAAGUUUGACGGGGCGACCUGGCAGCUCGACGGGGCGCCGGAGCGGACCGACGUGACCUUCGGGACCGUGGCUGCAAGCAGGGUCCGCUCCAGGGAGGACGUCUUGAUCUUGAGGCCCUUCGAGCGCUGGCUCUACACCCGCGGCGCGCCGGAGGGCCCGGCGCUCCUGCUGAAACAACUGCGGGGGGAGGAGGUGGACUGGGAAGCCUUCAGGGAGGCAAAGGCGCCCUCUGCGGCCUGCGAGAAAUGCAAAGAUGUGAAGACGCUGGACUACUUCUCCGACCGCCAGUGGGAGCGAGGCGGCCAGAAAACGCUGAAGCGGAAGCUGCCGUCUGGCCUGACGCGCUUGGACUGCCGCGGGUGUAAAUUCCGGAAGCUGGAGGACGCCUUCCCCCGGGCGCAGCUUCAGCAGGACGAUUCUGAGGCGAAGCGGCGCUGUCUCAAGUGUUUGAAGAAAGUUGACAUUUUGGAGCGCUCCGUCUGCGAAAGCACGAAGCAGAUCUCCGAAUUCAGCAGCGCGAUGGCGACCAUGCCGUGGGCGGCGGUUUGCGCUGAUUGCGCGGCCGACGUCAGAAGGCAGCCUAAGUGGGGCCGCGCCGGUUGGUUCACUUGCCGGACUUGCGACUUAUUCUUUCCGGGAGCCGGCGCUGCGGAGCACGACGUCCUCCCCGCCGCUGUUUGA